GGUCUGAUCUGUAGGUUAAAUGCCCUGUCCUUAGCGAACAACUGAUUGUGAUGAACAACUUAUUCGUCAAAUAACUUACAGCCGCAUUGGAAUCGGUCGAAUAAGUCAGCAAAGAAAUGGCGAAAACGAUAGCGUUGUCUGUAGUAGUUUCGUUUAUGCUCUUCAAAACAACCAUAGCCCUCGGAUGCUUUGAGUGCGUGGACUCCCCACAUCCCGCCGACUGUAAUCAAGUGACUGUCUGCACAGAUUACGAAACAUGUGUGGUUAAACAGUACGUGACGACUGGUGGUUUGAUCUUGUACUCAAGUGGAUGUGAGACAAAAUCAACGUGUACCAGCUUUGGAAAAAGGAACAUCGAUGACGUCAUUCAUGAACGUCAAAGUCGUCAGCAGUCUAGUGACGUCAUAACUUGCGCGGAGUGUUGCAACGGCUCUUAUUGCAACAUGGUUGGGUGCGGCAUUACAAAGGUAUCUCAGCCGGCCCGCGGCCCGAUGUGUUACGCGUGCAAAACCUCUGACUCCCCGGAUGCCUGCAGAACAGUGACUGAAUGCGAACAAGGCAUGGCGUGUAAGUUGACCCAGAUACCAGGCUCGUUACCAGGCACACAUGAAUAUGAAUCGGGAUGUAUGAAAGAGUUAGUUUGCCGUCUGCAGAUGGGACAAGCACAUCACAGCCCGGGAUUCUGUUCGGUCUGCUGCACGGAUGACUUCUGCAACAACUCGUGUGCCUCCAACAGUACCAUGAAUGGAAAAUAAUGGCGCGAAUGAAAUUGCAUUAAAAAGAGUUAAACAGUU